AUGGCAGAUGCAAAUCAACAAGGGCAGCAGCAGCAGCUGCAGCAGCAGCAGCUACGUGAGCUGCUAGAGGCAUCCUUACAGCCGGAGACAGCAAAGGCAGCAACAGAGCAGUCUGAAUUUACGGAGUCCCUAGUAAGCAGACUAGGGAGCGAGCAGUCUAAGCCCGUUCGUCACUCCUUAGGCCAUUUAUUGGCUGCCCUGUUGCGCCUCCCUCAAUUCGACGAGGCGAAGACCCGCCACGUGCUGCAGCUUCUUGCUGCACCUUUGCUGCAGCAGCAGCAGCAACUAUCUCCCCAGCAACUGCAGCAACUGCAGCUUGCUGCUGUUGAGGUAUUUGCUGCUUAUGUUGAGAGCGGCGAUGGCACAGAAACAUUCUUUGAUGAAUUAUUACAUAUCUUCCAACAAGCUCUCGCCGCAAGUGACCAAAACCCUGCUCUUGCUGGUCCUUCUUUCGAGGGUUUACGAGGAUUGGCAGAGGAUGCAGUUGAACCUGCUCAACAAAAGAAGUUAUUCGCCCUCCUCCCUGGUGUAACCUCCGUUAUAGAGAAGGCGUUGCAGCCAACAGGAGACGAGGCUGUCGCUAUGGGCGGUUUAGAGCUUAUUGACGAUCUAUUAUCUAAUGACUUAGUCCUAUCUGAGCAAGAACUAAUAAGUGUAUUAAACUUUUUAUUGUCUAUUGCUGAUCGUCCCUCUGUAUCUAUUGGCAUAAGACAACAAGCAUUGUCUCCUAUACAAUGGGCAGCUAAACAGAAACCUAGAGUGUUAUGCAAAGGAGGGUUUGUGCCUGGUCUCCUUGAGGUCCUAGUUCGUCUAUCUGCAGAGCCAGACAGCCCCACGCAUGCAAUAUUAUUAGAGGAAGAGGACGAAGGAGAGGAGCUAAACCCUCAUCGUCUUGCAUGCCAGACAAUAGAUGCAAUAGCUGUCUCCUUACCUAAUAAGCAUAUAUUCCUUCCUUUGCUGCUGCAGCAGUUAGAUAACCCUAGUCGUCUUGUACAACAUAAAGCAUGCUAUGCAUUAGAUGUAUUAUUAGAGAGUAUGGGCCCUGAGGAUUUGUCUCCUGUUGUUGGUCUUAUUGUACAAAGACUUGUAGAGACACUACAAAAAACACCAAGCGACAGUGUACGUGAGGUUUGCUUGAGCGCCAUAAGAUCUGCUGCAGUAGCAAGUGUCCCUGAUGAGGAAGAAGGGGAGACAGGUGUCUCCUCUGUGUCUCCUCGUCCUUUUGAUCCUUUUGCUGCUGAUUUAUUCCGUCUAUUAGAGGAGAUAAUUCGUUCCCCUACUGUCCCUCGUGGCAGCACAACAGCAGCAGCAGCAGCAGCAGGUGGUGGUGCAGCAAGAGCAGCAGGAUGCUCCCCAGCAACAAAAGCAAGAGCUAUUGGUGUUAUAGGUGGUCUUAUUAAGGGACUGUCUCCUGCAUGCUAUCAGCAGCAGCUGCCUCAGCUGCUGCAGCUCGUGCUGCAGCAGGUAGACGGAGGAGACACCCAAGGAGACACCCAAGGAGACAAUCCACCAGAGGCAGCACAUGAGAUAAGAGACGAGGCAUUCGCAUGCUUUAGGGAUGUCUCCUCUGCCCUCAAGGAAGAAUUCGUCCCUUUCCUUGAGGACGUAAUGGUUCGUGUCUUGGCUUCCUUAUUUAGUAGCGAAGGAUUUGUAGGAGGAGAGGAGACAAAUGAUUUUGAUUUAGGAGACAGUGGAGACGAAGGAGACGGUGCAGGAAAAGAGCUACAAAUUAGAGAUGGCUAUCUGGAUGAGUUAGAUUCAGCUGCCUUCUGCCUUCGAUCUCUGUGGGAGAAUUGCGGAGGGCAUUGCAUGAAAUACUUACAAAAGACAUGCGAGGCAAUAGAAGUAUUAAAGACACAUUUUCAUGAUAAUGCAAGACAACAGGCGGGCUUCUUAAUUGCUGCUGUGCUGCUAGCAGCACAUAAGACAUUAAAUCCUCAGCAGCAGCAGCAGCAGCAGCAGCAGCAACAACAGCAGCAGCAACAGCAACAAAAUGAUGCUAGACCUCUACAACCCCAUGUACUCCAGCUAUGGCAAACACAACUCUAUCCUCUCCUAUACGCCAUCAUCAGCGAGGAUGUAGAUAAGGAGACAGUUGGAGACGCUUUAUCAGCAAUGGGGAUCGUAUUGGAGGGUGUGGGGCCCGCUGCCUUCUUUAGCAAAGAGCAGCGGGAAAGUUUGCUGCAGCAGUGCAGCAACUUGCUGCGUGGUACACAUAUAUGCCAAUUAAAUCAAGAUGUAGAUGAGGAGGACGAUUCUCGUCAAGAAGAGGAGUAUUUAUUUGAAGGAUUGGUUGCAUUUUUAGCAGCAUUUGCUAGUGCAGCAGCACAGGGUACAGCAGCAUUAACAGCAGCAGCAGGUGCAGCAGCAGGAGAUCAAUCAGCAGCAGCAGCAGUAGCAGCAAAUUGCAACAUGGAUUGCUUCUGUGCUGCUUAUGCUGAUCUACAUCCGCAUAUUCUUGCCUUAGCUGCGCAUAAACACUCAAAGAUAUAUGCUGCUAUUGGUCUAGGCUGCUUCGCUGAGGUAUUUAGGGAGAUGCAAUCAGCAGCAAUUCCUUAUGCAAGCGUUCCUGCAGUAUUGACGGCCGUAGGGAAUGGCAUAGCACAAGAUGAGGAUGAAGAUUGUAGACGUAAUGCAUGCUUCUGUCUUAGUGUUAUCUAUGAGGUUGCUGGAUCAUCUCCUGAUGUUAACAGCAAGACAUUAGAAUUCCUUCAGCUUAUGCAUCCUAUCUUCAGAUCUCGUGAUGACUUGAAUAAAUCAGAACAAAGCACAGUAGACAAUGCAUGCUCAGCUGUUGCGUCAAUGUUGUUGCAUGCACCAAGUACGGGGCUUCCUAUGGGGGAUAUAAUAAGAGUAUUUAUUAAUCAUUUACCCUUGGAGGCAGACAGAGAAGAAAGCAAAACUGUUCUUAAGGCUCUCCUUCAUCUUGCUGCUACUCAGCCUGAUCAUGUACUACAAAAUGCACAACAAUUCAUGUUUGCCUGUGCAUGCGAGGCUUCCUUCCCUGGUGCAGUAAGAAGGUUAGGUACAGACCUAACAGCAGCAGCGCAGCAGCUGCUGCAGCAAAUGACAAAAAAUCCUCAGCUACCUGCAGGUACACUAGAGGCUCUUGCUGCUCGUCUACAGAAUAAGCCUUAUGCUCUUGCCUUCCUUAGACAAUCUGCAUAA